AUGUGGGAGGGCGUGUCGGACGCGGGGCAGAAGUACCCAUCGUUCUCGCAGGUGCAGAUGGCGAAGAAAACGACGAAGUGGUGUGUCGUCUGCGAAGCUUCGAAGGAAGAAGGCGAGUUCUCUGGGCGGAUGUGGACGGGCGUGGGAGACGCGGAGCGGAAGUGCCAUGUUUGCGUGGUUGCGAAAGGAAUGAGACGCGGCCUGUGGAAGUGCAUCGGGUGCAAGCAGCAGGAAAGCGAGGAAGAGUUCAGCUCUUUGUUGAGCGGGGGGCCAGCCCGGAAGCCAAAGGGCACCCGGCUUUGUAAUUUGCGUGGACCACUCCGGGAUGCCCCGGAGUCGUACGACAGGGGCACCUUCCACGCGGAGUCCUCGGUGGCUCGCCAAACGCUCCACGAUCUGUUCGGCUUCGACGCCCUGUGCUGUGGACUAAACUUACGAUUUGCGAGUCCCAGGUUCAGCAAACCGUGGCUCCGGGUCAAAGUCACCAGUCCGAAUGUGCGUGAGAAAGUCGAGACCCCGCCCCAGGAGUUGUUCCGAAGGCACGCCCGCGUAACUCUCGCGAAGUACGGUCCCCAGUGCGGGCGCCGUACCGUGGGCCACGGCCCCGGUGGAACGGUUCCCGCCCAUGGACGGACCAGGGCGAGUUCAUCCCGCCCACUCGCGUUGGCUUUCAACUCGGUGGUUUUCGCGAGCGAGGCGACCGCGGCCGCCGUCGCGGAUUGGGCCAUGAAGCAAACUGCUGAGCCCACCUUCAUCCUCUACGACCCCGACCUGCUCGCAGAGAGCGUCACGGAGCGCAACAGUACUGAGGAGAAGUAUUGGCUCAAAGAAGACCUGGUGGCACCCCGUGACGAGAAGGUUGGGGUGGUGCUGUCGCGCUGCGGCCAGGUCAAGGAUGCCGUAGUCACGGCGCAGGAAGCGUCGGGGCCGCGCAUCUGGUGGACCAUCCAGACCACUUUGCGCGGUUCCACAAGGAACCCAGAGGUCGCGCUGAAAUUCGCUGUCUUUUCGAGGUGGCAGGCCGAACGCGAGAUGCAGAAGGACCAACCGCGGCAGUGGGGCGAUGCGCACUGGCAACGCCGCGCCCUGAUGGCCAUCCACGACAAGGGCGUCCGCUUCGUGCUCGGCCUCUUCGAUCGGAGCUCCGAACACCAUGCCGAUAGCGGCCUCUACCAUGCGGGAAAGCACUGCCCGCGAGUGGCCGAGAACCAGUUCGUGACGCACCAGAACGGGGUCGUGCCAUUUGGAGAGUGCGAAGUCCGAGUGGCAACCUACCAAGAGCGCGCCGCCCCGCCUCUGUCGCGCUGGCUGACGAGGCAGCGUACCAUGCCCCAUUGGAAGAAGGGCGACAGGAAGAAGGACGACUGGGAGAAGACGGCCGGAAGAAGGACGUCGAUUUCCGCGAUCUGUGAGCCUCAAGCGCAGCGGCGCAGUGAGGCUAAAGCGCAGUGGCGCAGCGAGGCAACAGCGCAGUGGCGUCAGGGCCUGCAGUCGCGGUGCGGCCGCCUGGCGCCCGCUGUAGAGACGAGGCUGUGCGUCAGCGGCGGCCAUUGCAAGAUGCCGAUUGCCGUCUCAAAGAAGGACUUGCGGACAAUCCAGGUGGGGAGUCCCGGCGUUCCAGGGCAGACUGAGACAGUGGCGUUUGCGCGCGGGACCUCGGUGAAGGCGAAGGCGUACGAGUACAACUGCGAGAACAUCGCGACCACCCAGCAGAAGCAGGCGGCGCUGGAGCACCUGGAAAUGAAGGUACCGCAGAUCAUCGGUGGUGGGCCCGCCGUGAUGUGGGGGGCGGUGGUUGCGGCCAUGUGGCCGCCCUCCCGCCCGGCUGCGGCCGGGGCAACUGCGGGCGGCGAGGCGAACCUCGUGGACGUGAUGUUACAGAGCGAGCGCGACGCCGCGGUCACGGCAAACGCUCGGGGGAACGCGGAAGUGGCCGCGCACUCGGAUGACGGCGACAGCGACGGAGGCCGCCCCAUGCAUCUGGGCGGGGACGUGGACUCGCACGCACGUGGAGUACUGGCCGAGCUGAGGGACCUGGGCUCCGUGCUCGUCACUAUAAUCGGCCACAUCAGCCAUGUGUGCAUGCUGGGUGCAGACGUGGCUCCCGGCCGUCCGCACCUUCCUUUCUCUGCCUUCCACCAGCACCGGAGCUUGCGGUUAGAGCGGCUGGAGUCAGACGCGGCCUCCGACGACAGCAGAGGGGUGCCGCCUGGGCUCGCCGCGGCGCCUGGGAGCGCCUCCGUCACCGCGUGCUGGGCCUGCGGCGCGGGCGGGCCCUCCGCGCGCCAGGCGUUCUCGUGCUUGGUGGCCGCGGCUGGCCUCUUUGGCUUCUGCCACGCCAGCGACGCCAGCGCGGUCUCCUCCUUGUCAUUCGACGUGGCCGCCGCGAAAAACCGACCGGUGUCGAAGGUCAUCACGCUGCUCAAGGACAUGCUCAAGCAGCUGGAGAAGGAGGCGGAGGAGGAUGAGGAGAUCUACGACAAGAUGGCAUGCUGGUGCGAGACCAACGACAAGGAGAAAACGAAGGCGAUCUCCGACGCGGAGGCGCGCAUCUCGGCCCUGGAG